AUGCCCCCCAACCGCGGCCCGGCGCCCGUGAAGCUGUAUCGCAAGGACGACGCCGAGGUCCUCACGCUCGGUCCAAUCACCUGCUAUGUCUUCGAGGACGGAUCACACACAGACAACCGCGUUGGCGCAGUGCUCUUGAUGAUCCCGCCUGGCGUCUCAGGCCCGCCCAUGCACUGGCAUCGGUUCCACGACGAGCUGUUCUUCGUGACAAAGGGGACUGUCCGGUUCAUUGUCCCCGUCUCGCCUGGUGAUCUGAUGGUCGUGCCUCCCCGGGCUAUUCAUAACUUCGAGAAUGCCUCAAAAACGGAGGAGGCCGAGCUUUACAUGACUGCCACUCCGGGAUACUACAUCGACUAUUUCCGGAUGCUGGCCCAGGGAACGGAGGAUGACGUGAAGUUAGAUGAGGCGGAUCAAGCGUAUCUUAUGGCGCAGUUUGGUACUUUCCCGCCGGAUAUUCCAUCUGAGCCGUAG